UUCAUUUUUGUUUCGUGUCAACAUAAUUUUAUGUUUUAAUUAAGUUAUUUUUUUUUUUGUUUGUAGUUUAUAACUGUAUUUUUAUUAUUAAUUUUUAAGUAAUGUUCCUUUUCGUUUGCAUUCCAAACUAUAAAUUUCUAAUCGUGCAAUAAGAACAAAAAAACCAUUUGAAUUCUCCACCAAUAAUGUUAACCCUCGUCAGUGAAUGCCAUUUCUGGACAAAUCGAGAUGAAAUCAACAUAAAAGACACCGAUUAUGGUGCUUUCAAGUAUCUCCGUAAUCGUGACAUUGAUCCCGAUAACAUCCUCCAACUAGCCAAACGUGAAUAUGCCGAAAAUCGAGAUUGUCAAGUUAUUCUAAAGAAUCAAAAAACUUCGCGCCUCAAAGACAACAUCAAGAAACUCGAUGAAUUCUUUCAGACACAAAAAAUCAUCCAUUCCGAAUGGCGAACUGGAUCAGUUUUGUUGAUACUCUUCGCCAAUGGAGUGAUUUGUCAUAUUUCAGUGGAUAUCUAUGUUGGUGACAUCCUUUGCUUGGUUUUCGACAAGUAUUUAAUAGGGAAGCUAGCUGCUGACGUGAUUACUGAUGCAAUUUUCACACCUCAGCACAUUGUAUUAGCUUACAAUACAAAUCAAGUGACUGUGGUGCAUCUGCAAAAGCCAAAUAUGCAACCAGCUGUGCCUGAGAAAAUUAUCAAUAUGGAUCCAAAGAUAUUUCAUGUUCUCAUACCGGGCACUGGGGAGAGAAAACUUUCCCGUCGACUGGCUGUUAAUCCAAGUUGUGAUUUGAUUGCAAUUUGGACAAAGAGUUCGCAGAAUGAAGUUUUUCCGUGGCGUCCGACAGUUAGGGAUCAGGAUCGAGCUAAUAUUCAUGUGUUCAAGUUGAAGAAUGCCCAAUUGGAGGCGAUAUCAUACGCUUGGUCAGAGAAUGAUCCUCUGCGAGUUGACUUCCUGCGUUCAACUGGGAAUCAAAUCUUCAUAAUUGAACAAAAAGUCUCCAGAAAAGGUGAAGUCAGUGCAGAAGUUUGCUCCUACGAACUAGGUGAAGGAAAAAUGCAACGAGCGAUCAUUACAUCCAUCCCGAUGGGCACCCAAAUCUGUUCCUUUGAAUUUAGUCCCGAUCAGGAGAAGUUAUUCCUCGGAACAAUCGAUCGUUAUGUGUGCGUUCAUGAUCUUGUCAAACAAACCAGUCGGUUUCUUCCAAAGAUUGAAAUUAUUCCAACAAAAUGUAGCUGGCAUGCGGAUUCGAGUCUCAUCAUGGUUGGCAAUGACACCGCCCAAUUUCAGUGCUUCGACAUCGCUUUGCAGCCCAUUGCGAAUCAACUCAUCAGUGAGGUUGUAACGCCGGUAAAUCUACUCGAUCUUUCGCACUACUUUGCCAUCCAGCCAAUGUUGCUGGACAUGAGUUUCAGUCAAAAACCUGAAGUUCAUAAUUUUCCCUUUCCCUUCGCCCAAGCUGAUUGCUUUUUGCUCCUAGUUUUCGAUAAUGGACCUGUAGCUUGUCUGAGAUUCGUGUGUGGUGCUGGAAUGGCUGGAGACAUCCAUAAUUCUGGCCUAACAGCUGAUGUCAUUUUGGAUCGAUAUUUGUCCAUGAACCAUCUGGAAAAGGCUGUUAAUCUCCUGCAAGCUUUGAAUUGGGAGACCUAUGGAGCCAUGUGUCUACUUUCGUUGCAUAAAAUUGCGAAUUUUGUCUUCAUUCAAAAAGAACUUAAACGAAGCCGAUUGGAAUUGCUGACAAAGGCUCUAAAGACAUUCACCGAUGGUUUGAGUGAGGAAACUAAGGAUGAAUUUAGUGAUCAGGUGUACGACAUUAAAAGGAGGUUCUUCUUCUUUCUUCUUCGGAACAAUCUCUAUGCUGAAUCAUUUGAUGUGGCCAUGGACAUUGAAGAUUAUGACCUAUUCAUGGAUCUUUUCCAUGCAACACGCACCAACCCCGAACUCGUAGAAUUGUCCCAUGAAGCUUAUGCUCAAGCCGAACUUCUAUUCGAUGAAAGCUGUUCCGGAAGCAGUGAAUCAGAUACAUCUUGCUCCGAGUCCUCAUCCUACUCGGAUAACUAUCAGAAUAACCAAAAAUCAGGUGCAGUAAGUAGUCAUCGGGUGAUGGGUCAGUGGAAGCAUGAAAAAGCCGUUAGCACCCUAAAGAACUAUGUCCCACCAUUGCCGUCAUUCAAAUCGAAGAUUUACAACGCUGAGAAUAUUAAAAUAAACAUUCCAAAGCCUGAAUUGAGAAUAUCAACAUCGGCGGAUUUCAAUUCGCCAAGUCGAACGGCGACUUUAGCUCGCACGAAAAAAGUCUCCACCAGUCAACAACUAGAGUUGAGGCAAGAUGAGCAAAUGAAUAGUCGAACGAUGCCUCUUCGAAACUCUGACUAUGGGUUCAAUGAGGAGGCAAACAGAUGGACAGGAACGAUUCCAAAACCUGAACAUACGAUGGUGGAUCCAAAUAUUCCCGGUACCAGCAAAGCAGCUACUCUAUUGAGGAAUUCCCACUCUCUAGAGAAUCACUCAGAGUAUAGAAAUGACUCACCUCAGGAUUAUAUGAUUGAAGAAACAACCUUCAUGCCACGACCAAAUCUUUCGAAUUUCGGUCGACUUUCUCAAAACAUUCCACCACCAUUACCAGAUUUGCGUCAUUUGCAAAUAACUUCGCCCAAUGAAACAUCAUCUACAUUGCAGUGGGCUCAAGUGCCAGAUCAAACACUGGGCAUCCCAAUGAUACCUAAUGCACCCACCCAUCCUUAUAUGCCAUCUACGUCCCAUAAUAUUCUUCCUCGUGCCUCAACACAUUUAGCUGGAACCAAUGAUUCUGGUUCGCCAAGAAUUCCACCAGAUCAAAGUGGUGGUUUCCAACCGAAAAUUUAUCAUCAUCCAUUGGUUUCGGUGACGAUACCACCGACAACGAUGUUCACACCGAUUGAUGAGUUGCCUGUGCGUUUGCCAAUUCGAAAGCCAACUGCAUCGAUUUUAUCGAAUGGAUCUAGUUUAGUAUCGAAUAAUACACUUGCGUCGAAUGCCAAUACUUUGAAUGGAACAACAACAACGAAAAAGGAUUCCGGGGAGAAGAAUAAAGUCAAGUUUUCGGAUACUGUUCAAGUUGCUGUGGUUCCUGAAAUCCCUCGUAAAGAUAAACCCCUGCCGCCAAAGCGAAAUGGUCAUAUCCGUCCGAGAAAUUUAACAAAUCCCAAAAAGGAAUUAGCCGAUAGCUUGCCUCUGUGUCAUCCACAUGAUGAUUAUUUAAAAGACUUUGAUCCUUUACCAGAAGAAUCUCUUCCGAGAAUCUCAAAAUCAUCAUCAAAAGAUAGUAAAUCACAAAAUGAAUCGAAAAGUAAUCCGUCCAUAAAAGUCGUCCACUUUGGAGUGGUUUAGACUACUGUGUUUUAAAAUUUACAUUCCGUCCCCUUAGCCGAUAGAGAAAGCUUUAAAUUAAUUUUGGUAGUUUUAUAAGUUGGAAAGUUUUUAAAUCUUUUUUUUUAACAAUUAUAUUAAGGUUCUGUUAUAGAGUAAAUUAUUUCUUUUU